AGGAAGCAAUGAAGAAAAGGCUUGUUUCGUCUCCAAUCCGACAAUCGCCGCCUUCUCAGUUCCUACUUCCUACAUAUUUGCAUGUGACUCAUCCAAAUCUAUCUGUGUUUCAGAGAGCAGUUUCUACUCACAUAUAUAGUUGGCUGCAUUUUACGAGUUUAUAUACUUAGGAAACAAAAUGGAGAACAGGCGAAAUGUGAAUGCAAUUGGAACACAAGAUAGUAUUAUUAUGAAGUCUUUGGAAAAAAAAGAGCGGUUGAGGAGCCGUAACGAUAUUAUGACUCGUCGUCUAAAGAACCGAGAACGGCAACGUAGAUACAGGGCCAGGAAACGCCUUGAAGCAGAUAUGAAAAAGUCUUCUGUCACAAACCAUUCAACUACACCACAAGGAGAUUUGGAAAUUAAUGAAAAUCAUAACAAUUACAUUACCCGUGUUCAUUGUAAACGAAAUUGGAAAAAAGAUGCAAGAAGAGCUCAUGCAUGUAAAAAUCUACCAGAAGUGCCUAGUGCAGCUGUUGUUUCUGGUCUGACCUUAAGUACUGAAAGUCAGACACAGUCUGCCCUUGAAGCAGCAAUAGAACCACCGCUAGAGAGGAAAAGCCAUUCAGAGAAUUUACUUAGCUUGCAAAGUAGUGAAACAAAAACCAAUCUUGGUAGAAGAGAUUGGAAGGCUGAAGCAAGAAGAAAGAAAAACUAAAUUGGUUAUUACCAGUUUGGAUGAAUGAAUACAGGUUGUGAAAUUGAUUGCUGGAUACAGGUUGUGAAAAAUAUUGAAGUUCUACUGGUGAUAAAAGUUGAUGCUGAUGUGGUAGUUCAAAUGUUGUGAUGUGGUGUAGGAAGUCUUAUUAUCUUUAUUCUUUGGUAACCUUUUUACAGCUUCUGCUGUUGCAGAUCUAGAAGGGAAUCGCAGAAGUAUAGCCAGCAUGUUAACAGUUUGAUUUCCAACAGUUUUAAUUGCUGUAAGAAUGUUGAUAUUGGAAGAUGAUCUUAGGCUUGACACCUGCUCAUUUGUUAGGGUCAUGUCAGUGAUGUGGAAUAAUUUUAAAAUGUGAUAUUAAUGUAAGAUUAUUGCACAUAGAAUCUUUCCUACCAUACUUCAGGCAUUCAAGGCUAGAAUCUUUCCUACCAUAUAUACUGCAGGCAUUCAUGGCAAAUUAAAUGUGAAACUUUGCUUACAUAAAAGUAUUGCUUUCUUUA